AUGGCAUCAGCACAAAUCAUCUCUCCCAAAUCCGACGAACAUACUUCAAACACUUCAAGCCACUUGCAAGAAAUUCAAGCAUGGGGAGAGCUUUAUAUCUUUGAUCUCCCAAAACCUCUACGUACAGCUCUUUUCACAAAGAAUCUGAUCACGUUCCCUUAUGGAACUUCUCUAGCUCCUCAAGCUAGGAUAGAAGAAUCAGAGGAAAUUUGGACUGAUAACCCUGGAUGGAUCAACAGGAUUAAAUUGUUUGAUCAAGCCUACAGAUUCGACUUUUUUCGUUGUGUUUUACCUGAGUCUUUUGGUCGUGAGAGUGGUUUGAUAUCUGAAAAACCUCUUACUGAGUUAAAAAGAUUACAAUAUGAUGAUGCAAUCUUUGGUCAUAGACGUUGGAGUUUGAUAAUCAUUGGAAAAGAAAAAAUCGCUGCUUUACAUCUUCAAACUGAUUUAUUGAAAGGCGACGAAAAUGAAACUAUCAAAGACAGAUUGGUCAUCCUCAAAAAUGAAGUGAUCGAACCUGCCCCAGUUGUCGAAGGCAAGAAGGGUCGUUCGAAGAGUUAUUCAAAGAGCAAAAAGGAAAAAGCUGUCGAGAAAUUAUCUCGUAAAAGUCAAAGAGGAGUCGAUAGAGACACCAUGAACAAGGCUGGCUCCGAACUCUUGGCGUCUUGGGAAAAAGAAUUAGAAAGAUCCGAACUUAUCUUCGUUGGUGCUAGUAGGAAGCAAAUCUCAACUUUCUUUCCAGAAUCAUCACUAUUAUAUAAUAAACUUCGAGCUUUUCCUUUUACCUUUGGAGCUCCAACAAUUGAGGAGCUCAAGAUGUGCUAUCUGAAGCUUACUACAGCUAAACUUGACAUCGAGCUUUAG